UGCAAGUGGUUUCUGUCGGUGAUCGAGGACGAGUUCCGGCACGGCAAGAUCGACCUGAACAAGACGCUGAAGUUGCUGGGCCGGAUGCAGCUCGGCUUUGACUACAUCCACGUCAAGUACGUCUUCAAGAAAACAACUGAACAGUGGAAGGUACGAACAAUUAACAUAGAAGACUUCAUAGCAAUUUAUCGAACUCUUGCUCACAGAAAUGAAAUUCAGGAACUUUUCUUCAGUUAUUCUCCAAACCACAAAAUAUUGACUGAAGUGAACCUGCUUGAGUUUCUCAAAAAAGAACAGUUUGAAACUGAGGCUACUGAAGCAACUGCCUCUGAACUCAUUAUGAGAUAUGAACCCAUUGAAGAAGUGAAAAAACUGAACCAGAUGACCUUUGAAGGAUUUUUACGAUACAUGUGCUCAAUAGACUGUGCAAUAUUUAAACAGGAACACAAAACUGUUUACCAAGAUAUGAGCUACCCAUUAUGUGAUUAUUUUAUUUCAUCUUCUCAUAACACCUACUUGAUAUCUGAUCAGCUAAUAGGGCCAAGUCACCUUUGGGGCUAUUCAAGUGCUCUAUUGAAAGGAUGUCGUUGUUUGGAAAUUGACUGCUGGGAUGGACCACAAAAUGACCCUAUUGUGUAUCAUGGCCACACUCUAACAAGCAAAAUUACAUUUGCAUCUGUCAUCCAGGUGGUAGAGAAAUAUGCAUUUGUGGCAUCUGACUAUCCUAUUGUACUAUCUUUGGAGAAUCACUGCAGCCCUAAACAACAGGAAGUAAUGGCAGACUAUUUAGAAAAGAUUCUCGGUGACAAACUUCUUACAACAACAAUUGAUGAAACCGUACCAACAGAAUUACCUUCCCCUGAGGCACUAAAAUUUAAAAUACUGAUAAAAAAUAAGAAAGUUGGAACUCUUCAGGAUACUAUUCUCAGAAGAGGUCUUGACACACAUGGUGAGGUAGUGGAAUUAGAAGAGGAGGUAGACCAGUCUGAAGAUGAGGAAGCUGCUGAAAGCAAACCUACACCAAAGACCCCUCAGCCAAAAAGAAAAACUGUAGAAAAACAAUCUUCAUCUCCUCCUCGAAAAAAGCCAAAGGUGAAGAAGAUAAAACUGGCCCUCGAGCUAUCAGAUCUUGUGAUUUAUACUAAAUCUGAGAAAUUUGUAAGCUUUGAGAAUCAAAGAGCUAAUCAGCACUGUUAUGAAAAUAAUUCAAUUGGAGAGCUUAAAGCCCGAAAAUUGGUAAAGCAGUCAGCAAAUGAAUUUGUUUUGCAUACUGCCAGAUUUAUUGCAAGGAUCUAUCCAAAAGGGACCAGAACCAACUCUUCUAAUUAUAAUCCUCAAGAAUUCUGGAAUGUUGGUUGUCAGAUGGUGGCCUUAAACUUCCAGACACCUGGACAGCAAAUGGACUUGCAAAAUGGAAAAUUUGGGGACAAUGGUGGCUGUGGCUAUCUUCUAAAACCGGAAUUCCUGAGAGACCGUUAUUCAAAAUUUAAUCCACAUGGUGUGAUAGGGAACCAGAAUCCAACUACGCUCUCAAUUAAACUUAUUAGUGGUUAUCAGUUACCACCUAGUAACCUCUCCAGGAGUAAUAAAGCUGAUCCUAUAGUCCAGAUAGAAAUUCAUGGUGUUCCAGAAGAUCAAGUGAAACAACAAACUUGUGUUGUAAGAAACAAUGCUUUGUGCCCUAGGUGGAAUGAAACUUUUACUUUUACUAUUCAAGUACCAGAGUUGGCAUUAGUACGCUUCUGUGUGGAAGAUCAGAUAUCUUUAGUUUCAAAUGAGUUCCUUGGCCAAUAUACUUUACCACUGCUGAGCAUGAACAAAGGUUAUCGUCAUGUUCCUCUGUAUUCUAAACUUGGUGACAGACUUGACCCUGCAUCACUUUUUGUGUACAUUUGGUACUAUUAAGGAUUGUACUAGCAGUAUCCUGAAUCAG